GGCUGAAGAGAUUUCCUUCCAAAGCCAUCACUUCUGAAAUGGCGUUGCUGUUUUCUGCCCUGAAUUUCAUCCAGGUGCUUUGGGGGAUGCUGUUCCUCGCCACCAGAGCUGCAGAAGGAAUUAUUUCCACAGACCCCUAUGAACUGGAGGUUGCCAACAACGGUCCCGUUACAACAGAAGCUCGGGCUACGAUUCAAUCCACCCUCCGCCAGAAGAACGAUGGGCAUCCCCCGUUGGACAUCCCCAAGUACCAUUUUGCCUGGAAGUUUGACGCCCCCUUGGUUCUGGUGGAGAAAAUCAAGCAUGGGAGAAAUUCCCAAAUUGUGGUCACUAGCCCAGUUCCUGGAGCGUUUCCUGUUUCUGUGGAGGUGAUGCAUUCUGACUGUUGGUUUUGUGGGACACUUGCAAGAAAUCUAACCGUUCUACAGGUUUCAGAGUUUAUAGUGGGGAAUCUCUCCCUCACUCGGAUGAAGAAUUGCAACGGGCACCAACUUGACUGCCAUCACACCUCUGGCAUCCCGGCCCUGGCGACUUUUUCUCUUCAUGACCCCAGUCGUUUUUUUAAGUCCGCAUCGUUCAUUUACAACUGGGAUUUUGGAGAUGGGACAGGAGCAGAAACAGGGAAGCCCACCAUCUACCAUAGUUAUUCUACCAUCGGGACUCGGACGGUGCGCCUCAACAUCACUGCAGAAUGGAGACGAGCGGGGACAAGCGGGGAACGCCCCAGAGAGGUUGUCCAGAAAACAGGACAUUUCACCACGACGUUGAAGUUGUUGGAGGAAGGCCAAGCAGAGCCGGAAGCUCAAGAUGCUGUAAGAAGCAUUAACAUCACAGGCUCCACUGAAGCCCAUGUGAUGGAAAACUUAAAUUUAUCUCUGCAUAUCCAGGGGAGUCCCCCCCUCAGUUUAUGCUGGUUAAUCAAGACGGAGUGCAUCCCGCUUGGAGGAGACCAGUGCCACCUAGUGGUGACAAAUAGCACGCGGUUCUACCUGAACCACACCUUCAGCAACGCGGGACAAUACUGCCUCAGCGUCCGCGUGGAGAACCGGGUGAACAUCUUGCAGUUCUACCAGGAGAUUCAGAUAAGGCCGUCGGGCAUCCACCCAGCUUUCUUCGUCCUGCCCUGCAUCAUCCUUUUACCGGCCACUCUGGGUUUAGCCGUCUACGUCACCUUUCGUAGCACCGUGCAGCAAAAGGACCUGGUGGAGGUUGCUGAUUUUGACUUCUCCCCCGUGUCCACCAAGAAGCCCUCCAGCACAGGAUGGGGCUGUGGGCAAAUCUGCUGCAAAACCUGCUUCCUUCAGUCGUCUCCAGAGCUUUGCAGCACGCCUAAAGAGCACCACCGCCUUCUUCAGCCCCUGUGCAAAUCCAGACAGCUGUACAGCGCCUGAGAGACUCCAAGCAACAUAUCGCUUGGGUCCAACGAGGUCACUUGGCCGCUCCGCCGUGCACUCCAAGUCCUUCAUGGAUGAUCAGAGGCUUUGCCAACGUGGGUGAAGAAGAAGUCAUUUGGCGGCAGAUGAUCAAUCAGCUGUCCAGAAAGAGCAAGCUUAACGCUGUCACCAUGCCAAAAUCAGCCUUACAGCCCUUGGAAAAAGAGGCUUCUGUUUUUCCACCUUAUGCUCAGGAUGCUUGAAAUUUUCUUGGUAAUUUCUCUUGUGGGAAUUUAAGAGCUGAUUUAACAGUGGGAGGUGCCAAGAAGGGAAUUUUCCUGGUGCGGCUUUUUUUGAUUAUCCAUCUCUCCCUAUCAUUCUGUAGGCUCCAAUAUCUGUACUUUCUAAACUUGGAAAGCACCCGAGGAGCAGUUCCUUUUUAACGUCUUUCCUUGGACCAUGAUA